GAACGCACCCCUAGAAGUAAGGGUCUUAUCAAGUGUUCGAUAAAAGUUGAUUUAUUUAACAGGUUUUUUCAACAAUAAUAUUUUCCGAGCACAGUCAUAAUUCACCGAUGUCGGCGCUGUCUUGUAUUUUUUACGCGUUAAAUUGAAGAAUUGUUUAAUUCUUCGACAAGAAGUGAUUUAUUUGAAUGCCAAAAUGCCGUGCGAGAUGAUAACCUUACAGCUUGGCCAAUGUGGCAAUCAAGUUGGAUUUGAGUUCUGGAAAAGAUUAUGUGCGGAGCAUGGCAUCAGUCCAGAAGGAAUCUUGGAAGAUUAUGCGACAGAAGGAACAGACAGAAAGGAUGUUUUUUUUUAUCAGUCAGACGAUGAGCAUUAUAUACCACGAGCUGUGUUGUUGGAUCUGGAACCUAGAGUAAUCAACACUAUUAUGAAUUCUCCAUACUCUAAGCUAUACAAUCCUGAAAAUGUCUACGUGUCGAAAGAUGGUGGUGGUGCUGGAAAUAACUGGGCAUCAGGCUAUCAUCAAGGUGAAAAGUUGCAAGAAGAAAUCUUUGAUAUACUAGAUAGAGAAGCUGAUGGCAGUGACAGCUUGGAGGGUUUUGUAUUGUGCCAUUCUAUAGCAGGAGGCACAGGUUCUGGCAUGGGAUCCUUCAUGUUGGAAUCUCUCGCCGAUAGGUUUCCUAAAAAAUUAAUCGAGACGUACAGUGUCUUUCCUAAUCAAGAUGAAAUAAGCGAUGUUGUAGUACAGCCAUAUAAUUCGUUAUUAACAUUAAAGAGAUUGACUCAAUGUGCGGACUGUGUGGUGGUUCUGGAUAACACCGCUUUAAAUCGAAUCGCUUCGGAUAGAUUACACAUUAACAAUCCCACCUUCACGCAAAUUAAUAAACUUGUCUCGACAAUCAUGUCUGUCAGUACAACCACUUUGAGAUAUCCUUCAUAUAUGAAUAAUGAUUUAGUUGGUUUGAUUGCACCGCUCAUACCGACUCCUCGCCUACAUUUCUUAAUGACCGGAUACACUCCACUUACGACUGAUCAAGAGGGUGCAUCUGUGAGGAAAACAUCUGUCCUAGACGUAAUGCGACGAUUGUUGCAACCGAAAAAUAUGAUGGUUUCUACAGCACUAGAUAGAAAUGCAUCUCAUUGUUAUAUAUCUAUUUUGAAUAUAAUUCAGGGUGAAGUAGAUCCGACGCAAGUGCACAAAUCCUUACAAAGAAUUAGAGAACGAAAACUCGCACAGUUCAUACCUUGGGGUCCAGCUAGUAUACAAGUAGCGCUUUCAAGAAAGUCUCCUUACAUACAAUGUACGCAUCGCGUGUCUGGCUUGAUGUUGGCUAAUCAUACUAAUAUAUCAUCGCUGUUUGAUAGAGCUUUACAACAAUAUGACAAAUUGCGAAAAAAGGGGGCAUUUUUGGAACAAUUUCGCAAGGAAAAAAUGUUUGAAGAUAAUCUUGAUGAACUGGACAACUCGCGGGAAGUCGUGGAAUAUUUGAUGAAGGAGUACCAGGCUGCGACUCAAAUCGAUUAUCUCAGUUGGAAUCCAAGCAAAGCAGAUACAUAAAAUAUCUAUUAAAUGUAUGUGUCACAUCAAAGAUAAAGGCCCAUCAAUGUGUCCUACGACGGAAAGACACAGCUAACCUGCUGCCUUUUUCAUCGACCUGUGAGCUUGUGCUAAGCUUAUGUAGGAAGGUGUGUUCUAGGGUGCACAGGGUUUAGUGUUUUCUACUUUUCAGUCUUUCGUUCGUCUGAUUUUAAUCUUGAUCUCCACACUGUUAACUCGAUUCUCUUUUUUCUUGUUUGCGCGCAUAACAAGGGGGAAGAGUGGCGAUUGUAACAAAACCUGUGUGACCAGGUAAUGAUUCGGUGUGAAUAGCUGUAAGGAGUUUUUCUUCUUGCUUCUUUUUAUUCUUUCGUGCCAUAUCCUCAUUCGUGUGCUACAAUUGAAUAAACAUAUAUUUAUUUUUCA